CAAAUUCUCCUGUCGGCCAUCAUUAUAAUGAUGCACUCAUCUCGACCUGGAAUCAUAGACUAUCAAAUGAUACCCGAUCAACACUACUAUCCAACCAGCUCCAACUCUGGUUCAAAUCUUAUAAUCACAGCCGUCCAGGCGCCUGCUCAGGAACUCGAGAAUGAAAGCUCACAACAGCUUAUCAUUUCUAGACCCAGAGAUGCGUUUGCAUGGGAUGCGGCCUUUGUUCCUAGAAGGGAAAUUCUUAAACCUUCAAAGACCUCCAAGCCGACCCGACGCACUGAUCUCAGCCUACUGCCUUCGCAAAGAUCCAUAGCUGGCCUUUCCGGAUUACCCAACACAUCCAAGCCCAAACCUGAUCCACCAAAACCAUGCAAGGCGUGCGGACAGCCGAACAAUUUGCAGUGUGCUGGCGUUGUGUAUAUUUGCGGCGAAUGCAAUCGCUUCACAUCCUUGCCUGCCACACCCCUCUGGCAGCCAGCACCUUCCAUACAUAAACCCGCGCCGAAGGUACUUCGUGACAGAUGCUCAACAUGUUUCCCCGUGCUGAGCUGUCGCAAUGCAGAACCCUCGCAGUUCUUUGACCUUUGCCCGAAGUGUGACAAUUUGACCCAGGAAACACUACAAGACCUCAUCGAAUUCGAAGGCGAUAUACGCUCUUUACCCAUCGCUUUAAAUUACCCCACACCCCCCUGGCUGAAUCCCCGCAAGCCAGGCAAAGAUCUCCAAGACUGGUGUCACCAUCUCUCGUUGGCUGGUCGCGAGGCCAAAUACAAGAUGAGCAAGUCGGCGACUGCCACAAAUGGCAGAGAUCUUGUGGAGAGAAUUCUAACGCAGAACCCCAAGUUCAAUAGACGGCACGCAGGUGAGCGCAGGACCCCUCGGAAACACGAUAUCACUGUUGUUCCAAAAAUUAGCGACAUUGGAAGUAAGCCUGGAAAAGUACAACAUCGGUUCCGAGAGGACCGGAAGUACACUAGGCGCCUCAGUUUCGACGAAUCGGCUUCGGAAGAUGAGGAGGCUGAAGCUGCACUUGCUAGUCACCGUACGGAGCACGGGCAAGAGGAUCCUGGUACUCCUAGCGACGAGGAUUCUCUAUGCGAUACGUUGUUGGAGGAGAGCAGUAGCUCUCUGGAAACUGCGUCACUGAUGACACUUACGGCGACUCGCUCCGAAGAGGAUUGCGUCAAGGAAGUGACAUGUGCUCUGGUGACUUUUGAGCAAAUGGGGCUGUGACAAUAGCGCAGUGAUCUUUUUACUCUUCAUGGAAACAAUGAGAUGACCGCUAAAUCUCGAUAAUAUAAUGAUUGUUGAAUACUUUUCUGGAUGAAUAUUGAUUGCCUUGACAAACUAACUCUACUGCCCGUCCAUUACACAGUGUUUAUGUCGUAUCUUGUUGAUUGACAUGGCUUCGUAUCGUGGGGUGCCAUCUCGAGAGGGGCUAUAGUUCGACAUUUUAAUUCUGAGUUGGUGUUUAGGUGAUCCUACACACAGCGAAGGGUUACAACGAUAAAUAAACUAAAAAAACGGGCGAUAACCAAAAAAUAAUCAUUAGUUUGACAUAUGGUGUAUGUAUCUCUACAAUCCAUGGAUCUAAAUUGGUCAAUACUUAAACCUCAUGUUAGUUCUCGUCGUCAGUAGCGCGUACAUGCCGUUCCCAUCUGCGAAGGCAAAAACCAAAUAGCAUAAUUCAAUGCAAUAUUAUCGAAUAUCCCGCGAAAGGCUAGUACUGUAGACUCUCAUAUCUAUUCCAUCGUCUACUUGUACAUCAGUAUCACUGCUUCGACAUUGUUCUCUCUCGCUUUCCCCCCCUCAAUAUGCCUCGUCGACAAUCCUUACCCAUUUUGCCAUUCACCCCAUUCUUAUUUAGGUUUAUCCUACAUACCCAACAUCACCCUACACAUCUGCACACUGCACACAGCAAAAAGUUGUACAAUCACCCCUGUAUAUAGAUCUAAGAUUAUGCUUUCACUUU